GCAGCAGCAAGGGGAACAAGGUGAAGGUGGAGGGAGAAGUCUGACUAACAGGCUGGGUCCCGUUUCUCGAGAGAGGAAGAGAGAAGAGAAGGUUUGGGAGAAAAGCAGAGCCAGACGUGAUUGUUGUUCUGCGUUGGAUCUGCUGCCUUGAGGGGAGAUACUACAGCGACGCCUCACCAUGGUGGACCUGUUUGUUGACCGGGUUCUUGUGAAGAACAACAAGGACCAGGACGAGCUGGACACGGAGCGCGAGAUCGUCAUGCGUCUGCAGAACCGAAUCCUGAUGCUCUUCUUUGCCUCUGCCGAGUCCGAGACCUGCCAGCGGUUCGCUCCCACGCUUCACGACUUCUUCAAACAGCUGACCGACGAGUUCUACGUGGAGCGCUCCGCUCAGCUGGUGCUGCUCUACGUCAGUCUGGAUCAGUCAGAGGAACAGCUGGACGACUUCCUGAAAGAGCUCCCAAAGAAGUCCCUGUUCCUCGCCUACGAGGAUCCUUACAGAAGGGAGCUGGAGGCCAUGUUCGACGUGAGGGAGGUCCCCACCGUGGUGGUCCUGCGUCCCGACUGCUCCGUCCUCAUCCCCAACGCGGUGGAGGAGAUAACCCGCCUGGGUCCGGACUGCUACCGCAACUGGCACGAGGCGGCCGAGCUCAUCGACAGGAACUUCCUCGCCACGGAGGACUUUGAGGACAAGUCCAUGCGCAGCUUCAGCGACCCCGUCAGGCGACUCAAGUACAAGGUGGAGGACGAGGAGAAGAAGGCGAAGAAGAAGGAGAAGGAGAGGAAGAAGAAGAAGAAGCAGCGGCGAGGCUGGGGCGGGGGAGGCGACGAGGGCGAGGAAGCCGGAGCGGGCGGAGCGGGCGAUCAGGACGGCGGAGGGUCGAUGUGGUGAUGGAGGGAAAGUUGCUACUUUAUUAGAGUUUGGAAGCUCUUUUCUUUUUUCUACCCUUCUAAGA